UUUCACAGGCGGAGCUGCUUUUUGCAGAGAUCGUGUGGAGACGGGGAAAACCUACAAGGACAGCGUGUUUGUUGGAGACCGUGUUGACCGCCGUUUAUGGUGACCGUAGGAGAUCGGAACACGCCGCUGGUGAUCGAUAGACUGUGGGUUUUACUCGGACAUGUCGUCAACUGCCAAGGAGAAGUGGGGAUUCUCCAGUCAGCCUGUCCACAUGCAGGUGCCAAAGUACCCACUGGAACAGCAGCAAGAAGAAGAACACAAGUAAGCCCCAAAUUGUCCCAUGUGCACACUAUGAACCGUAAAUGCGCAUUAUAUUUUGCAGUUGGUUUUUUAAUGCACACUGCGUCGAAAUCAGUGAUUCAUACAUUAAUUAAUUGGUUGUUUUUUCGCUUCCACAAAUAUAUGAAAUUACGUGUGUUGAAAACCGCCUC